AUGGAAAAAGGAAACGGCCCAUCACGCGAGCGUGCUGUCUACUUUCUCCGGAAAGAGCAGCCCUCGGUCAAUCUCGCCUUGCCACCGGUCGGUUGGCACAGCACCGUGGUGCAGCCUUGGCAGAUGACCACCGUCUGUGCGUGCGAGAAGACGGUCGUGAUGGUGAAGCAGCCGGGGCACUUGACGUCCAUGAAGAAGGAGCGGGGGGUGGGCACCAGGGUCUGUCGUCGUGAGUCAGUAUCGAGGCGCAUCGCACGGCAGCCAGGAUCGCUUGUCGGUGCAUACCUUGAGCUUGUGCUUCUUGGCCUCAGCAGCAGCGCUGGGGUUGAGCAGAUCGACGGCCAAAGUCUGAAGAGCAAAAAGAGUCAGCACGUCAUUCCUGUGGCAGGCCGUGACAAUGAUAUCGAGAUCCGCCAGCUUGUCAUCCCCCCGGCUGCCCCGUCGCCCUCCAUGCGCUCCUUGGCAUUCUGCAGCAGCGGAGAGCGUGCGAACAGGCUCCUGUCUCCUCCCCCCCUCUAG